GACGGGAAAAACAGGCACAGCGCGCGACCCCUCCAACCGCGCACGCGCACCAGAACAAACUGCGGCGCGAGGGGCGAUGCCAAGCCGCGACUCUGGAGCUCCGCCCUCGACCCGCCUCCUUCCCGUCGCCCCGCCCCUCGGCCCGGGGCGAGGGGAGCAACUGACUCCCGCCCGCCCCUCCACGUCAAUCACCCUCCUCCUCGCACUCUCUGCACCUUGUUCUUAAUCUUCACACUGAUAACGCCGGACGCUCGUCCCCAGCCCUCCGGGGUGCGAGCGUGUGUGAGCGAGCGCGCGAAGGCACCGCCAGCGGGCGUCCCUGCUCAGCUUCGGCCGCCACCGAGUCCCACAGCGGCGCGCCCGGCGCCUGAGGCCGCGGCCAGGCUCUGUGAGGCGCUCGGGCAGCCGCCGCGACUCGCAUCCUCGGGUGGGCCUCAGCUGGCGCCCCGAGCCCGGUUCGCUCUCCUCAGCAGCCGUCGCAGCUGCGUUCCCCGCGGCCCGGCCCGGCCCGCCGCCCGCGUCCCCUCCGGCCGGCCGGGCCGCUCCCCCCGCGGGCUGCCUGCAUGUCUGUGCUGCCCUCAGCCCCGCCGCCGCCGCCGCCUCCUCCUCCGCCGCCGCCGCCCCCGCAGCUCCGCCGCCCCGCCGCCGCCGCCCGGAGCCCGGCGCGCUGGAUGCAGACUAAUAGGGAUGCCAAAGGAAAAAUAUGAUCCUCCAGAUCCUCGCAGAAUUUAUACCAUCAUGUCAGCAGAGGAGGUAGCCAAUGGGAAAAAAUCUCACUGGGCAGAAUUAGAAAUCUCGGGUAGAGUGCGGAGCUUAAGUACAUCACUUUGGUCAUUGACACACUUGACAGCGCUGCACCUAAAUGACAAUUACCUUAGUCGCAUUCCACCUGAUAUUGCCAAGCUUCAUAAUCUGGUUUACCUGGAUCUGUCAUCCAAUAAACUCAGAAGUUUACCAGCAGAACUAGGAAACAUGGUGUCUCUCAGGGAAUUGCUUUUAAAUCACAAUAUGUUACGGGUUUUGCCUUAUGAACUUGGUCGGCUCUUCCAGCUACAAACUCUAGGUUUGAAAGGCAAUCCUUUGUCACAGGAUAUUCUCAACUUAUACCAGGACCCAGAUGGAACCCGAAAGCUACUGAAUUUCAUGCUUGACAAUCUUGCAGCUCAGUCUCAAACAAUCUGCCCCUCUAUCCAAAUGGCUCCUGGAAUACCACUCCAAGGGAUGGCAGAUACUACGAUAGAUUUCUUCUCCAGACCUAGCCUACCAUGUGAAAGGAGUCACUUUCAUGUUCAUCCAGAGCAGCUUCCUCCGAGGCCAUGGAUUACAUUAAAAGAACGAGACCAAAUUCUGCCAUCAGCAUCAUUCACGGUUAUGUGUUACAAUGUGUUAUGUGAUAAAUACGCUACCCGGCAGCUAUAUGGCUAUUGCCCAUCCUGGGCAUUAAACUGGGAAUACAGGAAAAAGGGAAUUAUGGAAGAAAUUGUUAACUGUGACGCAGAUAUCAUUAGUCUUCAGGAAGUGGAAACAGAGCAAUACUUCACUCUCUUUCUGCCAGCAUUGAAGGAGCGUGGAUAUGAUGGAUUUUUUUCUCCAAAGUCACGUGCCAAAAUCAUGUCUGAGCAGGAAAGAAAACAUGUGGAUGGUUGUGCAAUAUUCUUCAAAACAGAAAAAUUUACAUUGGUGCAGAAGCAUACAGUAGAAUUUAACCAGGUGGCAAUGGCUAAUUCAGAUGGAUCUGAAGCUAUGCUCAACAGAGUGAUGACAAAAGAUAACAUUGGUGUUGCUGUGGUAUUAGAGGUCCACAAAGAACUAUUUGGAGCAGGUAUGAAGCCUAUUCAUGCUGCAGAAAAACAGCUGCUUAUAGUGGCAAAUGCCCACAUGCAUUGGGACCCAGAGUAUUCUGAUGUGAAACUUAUCCAGACCAUGAUGUUUGUCUCAGAGGUUAAAAACAUUCUGGAAAAAGCCUCGAGUAGACCUGGCAGCCCAACUGCAGAUCCUAAUUCCAUCCCGCUGGUGCUAUGUGCAGAUCUUAACUCAUUGCCAGAUUCAGGUGUUGUGGAAUAUUUAAGCAAUGGAGGAGUAGCUGACAACCAUAAAGACUUCAAGGAACUAAGGUACAAUGAGUGUCUUAUGAACUUCAGCUGCAAUGGAAAGAAUGGAAGCUCAGAAGGGAGAAUCACACAUGGCUUCCAACUUAAGAGCGCCUAUGAAAAUAACUUGAUGCCUUACACCAAUUACACCUUUGAUUUCAAAGGUGUGAUUGACUACAUUUUCUAUUCCAAGACUCAUAUGAACGUGCUUGGUGUCCUGGGGCCUUUAGAUCCUCAAUGGCUGGUUGAGAACAACAUCACUGGGUGUCCACACCCUCACAUCCCUUCAGACCACUUCUCACUGUUAACACAACUUGAACUCCACCCUCCAAUCCUGCCUCUUGUCAAUGGUGUUCACUUGCCUAAUCGGAGGUAGUGGAGUACUUCCCCGCAAAGACGGGGACCUGUUGCUAUGGACCUGUACAGUUGUAAAUCAAAGUAUGUAGGAGUGAAGUAUGGCCAUCCUUAAGCUGCUUCUUCAGGUUCCUUUCAUUAUGUGUUUGCUAUAAGACUUUGUACAUUUUUAUGCAUACUGAUAUCAUUUGGCACUAGGGCUGGAACCAGAAUAGUAGUACUGUCUUUCCAAAAUUUUAAUUUAAUAUGUUUUUAAAAUGGACUUUCUUCAUAAUUUUCAGUGUUCAUAAUUGAUAAAUCACCAAUUUGAAGCCCAAGAACAUUGUAUUUGCUUUCUUAAAACACAUUUUUGUGAAUGGUUUCAGAUGAGCCAAUCAUUGUAUGAAAGGAAAUUUUAAAAACUAUAAAUAUAAGAUUUUAAAUUGAACAAUGGCAUGCCUUUCAGGGAAAAAUUUCUUGAAUUUCUGUUUUCCUUUAUGGUACACUGGCUUUUGGGUCCACUAGUCAUUUGCACAUUAACAAAGCACUUAAAUUUUUUUUGAUCUGUACAAAAACUACAAUAUAGCCUCUAGCUAGAAGAAAACUUGGGAAAUUAAAAGAUUGCACAAUAUGCCUUCAAAAUCGAGCAUUUAAUAGCAUACGACAAUUUAUUGGAGAUUCAUUGGUUGUUUUGAGGAACCACUCUUUUUUGUUCCCCUGUUUAAUUAUAGCCUUUUUAGAAGUAUUAAUUCUAAGACUGUCUUUCCAGUUCAUUUGUAGGGAAAUAGCAAGUAAUUUACUACCAUAUGUCUUGAAGACAGAAUUUGGCAUAUUUAAAAUGCCCACAAAAUUAGUGUCUGAUGUUUUUCAUAUUUUUAUCUACUCUUUUGUCUGGUUGUACUGGAAAAAGAGAUAUUGUAUGAUCUAUAUCAUUUUUUGCAUUACAGUUAAAUGUUUAACAAACUGCUGAAUAAGAAGCCCCGAUCAAAAUUUCAGAAGGGGAAAGCCAUACAAAUAUUUCAUGUGUUUCUCAAGUAAAUUAAGUGUCUGUUGGUUUUGGGUUUUUCAGGUAACGAUGGAAAAGAUUUGAGGGAGUGAAAGAAUACGUUUGGGGACAGUAGUUGAAAACCUUGGAUCAUUUUUCCUGACUCUAGCUGCCAAAUGGCCAUCAUAUGCUCUUAAUCUUUGUUUCUAUUUUCUGUCAGGGUUGAAUUAAGAAGCUACUGGUUUAUUACCAACUGUUGAUGCCUUUAAAUAUGUUGGAAUUUUUCUCUUUUCUUUUUUUUUGCCCAGGAGGGGCCAUUUGAAAAUCGGUGGCUCGAAAGGCAGUGAACAUAACACUGUUUUCUGGGGGAAAAAUUGGUUGCCUACUUGAUGUUAAUUAUGGCACAAUAACAGGAAAAGGUUGUGUCUGUAUUUUUAAGUUUUUCUUUAUUCUGCUUUUUUGCUGCUAUAGGAAUUUUCUGAAAUUUAUAUUUUAAACUUUUCAUGCACUUUACGGUUUCUAGUCUCAAAAUGUGAUAUUUUUAAUAAACAAAUUUUCCAUUAUGUGAAUGAAAUUUUAAAAGAAAAUAGACUAUAUUUGUGUCUUGCUAAUAUAUAAAGUAUAAGUCAAAUUUAAAUUAUUUAAUUAGUUUUAAAUAUAUACAAUUUGUCUCUUUCAAACCUGACAUGUUAGGUUGUUUUAUUAGUCUUAAAUGAUGCAUUUCCUUUGGUCAUUUCAUACUAAUUUCUUGCAUAAAUCAAUCAGGCUAUAUACAACAAUAUUUCCCUAAAGGGUAAUUUUAGUGGGAUGAGGGUGGUGGGGUGAUGUAAUAACAUGUAUGAGAUUGUAUCAGAAGGGUUCUGUAAAGCCUAAACCCCCUUUUAAAAGUGCCUAGUGAUAGAGGCGUUGUUUGUCAUCUGUUAUAAUUGGAAUGUCAUUGUAGUUCAGUGAAGUUUGAUGUAAAUAAAAUAUUCUUUUAAAUAUCUUAAAGUAUCAGAAUAAACAAAAACAACCCUUAAGAAAAAAGAUUUUCCUCCAUAUGCAGGUACCCCUUCUUAUAUACCUCAAGCAUCCAACAUCUAGCCAUGCAAAUUGAAGCAUAGUACUGGAAAGUAGAAUAGCAUGAAAAACUUAAUUUUGUGGACAUUACCUUUUUUGUAAUCAGCUACUGUAUGUUUUAUUUUGGGUCUUUUAUUUUGGGUGGGUUUCUGCUGGGAGGUAUAUGCACUAACAAAACAUUUUCCUCCUUUCAUAUGUGCAUGUUAAUUAGCAAUGUGAGCAAUAUUUCCUACCAUACUUCACUCCCAAUAUUUUUGAGAUGUUUGUAUAAAAUGGAAUUUAAAGUUCACUUAUGAUUGUAUAUGAACCACAGAGGAGCCCAUUUAUUAAUAAAAAACUUUUUUAAUAGUUAAAUGUAGAGGGAAAAAUAAAAAAAAAUUGGGAAACAUUGUAAACAGCUUAAGUUUAUUUUGUGUAUGAUUGAGGCACUCUGUUGCAGGAAGGUGUGUAAUUGGGUUCUCUCUGCUUCCAAAUGCACUCUUUCAAACCAGUCAUUAUCCUGUGUACUUUUAAUGUGGUUUUAGUAAAUGUUGGUAGUAGUUUUGUUGAAGUAAUUGUGAUGUGUUUUGGGUGACGCACACACUUGGGGCAUAGUAACCCAAAUUUCAUGUGCACGGUUUCCCUGUAGCCCACACUGCCCAAAUUUCAUGCACCCUUCACCCUCUUUUCCCUUUGUAAAAGGAGUGGUAUCUGUUUUGAGCUGCCAGUUCAGAUGAUCAGAAGUGCUGCUGUCCUCGGCAUUGUCUUGUUAAAAUGCAUGCUAUUUGGAACUUUGGCAGCAAGAAGCCAAAAGGAAGAGGUGAAUGACAUACAGUAAAUAUUCAACAAAAGUAAAAUUUAUAUGUUCAUCUACUUUCUACUUUCUACUUUCUAGUUCUCGGAAUAAGUUAAUAAGCUUUAUGACAUUGGGCUGCUGCAUAUUUUAUGUGAACAUAAGAGAAAAUUGGGCAUUUUUAGAUUGCAAUGUUUUUAAAAACUGUUAAACAUGAUUUCUGAUAUUUAAGAAUUGGAGUGUUCUUUAAAUUUAUUAAAACAGUGUUGUUUGAGGAAGGGAAAACUGCACUGUUUGCCAUUAUCAGUCAUACAAGUGCAUGUCAAGUCAUCCAUUCUCUCAGGCAUCAGUAUCUGCCUCAUAGCUUUACAUAUUUUGAUGGGGAAUAUUGCAGCAUCCUCAGGACUGACAUCUGAAAAAGGUUCAAAUCUACUUACUGCUCCUUGCUUGUUGACUUUGUUUUAAAAUAUUGUGCCUGGUGUCAACUUUUAAGCAACAGCACUGCCUAAAAGCAAGCAGAGAACAGAAUCCCAGCACCAUUCUAUAGGCAACUUUUUAGAAUUCAGAUAUAGUAAAUCUGUUCAAGAUUUAUGAUGUUUUAUGUAAAGAAAAUUUUGUAUAACAUAGUUGAAUAUUUUUAUUUCAUUUCUUUAAUGUAAGGCGUGUGAACCUUCAUUUGAAUAUCACAUGUUAAAGUCAGGUAUGGCACAAUGGGUUCUGAGACCAGCUUUCCCCCCUCCCAUUUGCCUUUUCCAAGCUCUUUCUUUUCAAAUUACUUUUCUGAUAUUCAUAGACAGAUAUUUAAUUUUACUAAUAAGCAUCCUGGGUGAAUGUAUUUAAAAAGCCACUGUGUUUUAGUGUUGUAGUUUGCAGAAAAUAUAAAGUUCUGUUUCUUAUUUGCUCCUUUUUUUGAUGUCUUCAAAGUUAUAUAUUAAAUCACAAAGAUGAAAAGGAGAAAGUAGAUAUCUAAGACUCAUAUCACUUAAGACAGAUUAGAGUGGAGGUUGUGGUACAUUAAAAUUGGAACAUGGGCAAACAUAUAUUGUGUUCCAUUUAAAAAUUCUUCCUCCUAAGUAUGUAUUGUUAAAUGGGUGAAAAUUUGUAUUUGCAUUUCCAAAAAUGUCUAAAAAUCACUAAUGCCAUCCAUACUUCCCAUAUGAAAUAGCAAGAAGAAAGCACAAGCAGAAAUAGGUUAGAUAUGUUCUUUGAAGGAACCAGUGGUACAGUAUAUGGUUUGUCAUUCCUGAUACAACUUUCUAGUAUUAAAAAUUGACUGUGUCCCAAUACGUAUUUGAUUCUAAGCUUUAUAUUCUAAGUUUGAUAUAUUUGAAUAGCUUUGCAAAAUAUGCUGACUGAUCAGUAGCUACAAUCACAGAAAAACAUGAUCAGUUUUUGCUACAUUAAUGGUUUUAUAGCAAACAGAGACUUUAUGGCAUGUUUCAGAAUGAGUCAUGCAUCUAUUUUGACAGAAAUGUGAAUUUUCACAUUUGCAAGGUUUUCACUUUUCUUGUACCUGCCUUUCCCUCUUAAAAAUAUCAUCUUUUUUAUGUGUUGAGAUUUGUUUACCUCCUUUCCUUUUAAAUUACAUUACAUUUUUAUAACUCUGUGAAAUACAAGUAGCACAUUAACUGGAAAAGUUGGAAUUAUUUUUCUAAACCAGGAACUUCAACUAAAGUUCUGAAUGUGUAGACAGGUGGGAGCUUUUAUGGUUGCUUUGGGUGAUUGUAAUUUUGUAAUGCCAUCAUGAUCACCAAAUUCAAAUUAAAAAAUAAGCAAAUUAGUAUAUCUUUAACCUGGCUCACUUACCAAAGUUGUAAUUUGUUUAAGAAUAGGAUUCCCAGGGCAUCUUUUCAUAAUUGUCACCUAAAAGCUAAAGGUAAAAAGAAAGCCCUUAUAUCAAUCACUACAGGAUGUUCUGAACAAGAGCCACAGAAAGAAGAAAGCAAAGCAAAACAAAACAAAAACCACAAUGGUUUUCAAGAAAGAGGUAAGGAAGAGCAUGCAUGUUUUUUGUUUUAACCAAAUACCUUCUUUAUGCAAAUUUUUCUGUUUAAUCAAAAGUCCUGCAGGAAGAAAUAGGGAAAUAACAAGAAAUAUAUUUUGGUAUAAGUUUGGUUAGACUUGAAUUAUUCUUAGACCAAAGGAAAAUAAGCAUGUUAAGGUUUUCAUUCAUCAAACAUGACAUUGAAGUAAUAGAGUAUUUUAAGGAAAAGUGUUUUUACUUUUAAAGCAAAUGAAUUAAGGACAUGUCUAUUAAAUUUUAAUUUUUUUAUGGCACAUCAUACAAACUGAGUAGUGUUGUUCUGAAAUUAGAAGUGUCAUCAGAAGUAAAUCACAUUAGGUUAAGGGCAUGCAAAUGCCAAGUGAUAUGACUCUUUUGGCAUAGUAGUAUGGCACAUUCGGCUUUCAGAAUCUUUUAGAAGGCAUAAUUUGGCUCUUAUUACUAGUUAAUUUUAUUACAACAAUUUCCCUUAUAAUUUCCGUGUCUGUUACUUUUAACUGUAAAGCAUAAGAAUCAUAGCCUUUUCAGAAGUCCUUUCUUGCUCGUUUCAGUUUUGUGUGAAUUUUAAAUUAGUGAUGUUUUCUUUGAAGCUACCAGUUGUUACAUAUAUGUACCACAUUUGUUUAAUUUGGCUGUAAUUAUCUGAACUCACAAAAUUGGCUCAGCAUUGAUGUGUCAGUGACUUUGCUUCUUAGUCAACAGGCUUAGUAACCUACUACUUGUUUCAGUCUUGACGCAGUGUAAUUGAUGCAGUAUCUGGGUUUAUAUUUAUUCAGAAACUAUAUUUUCCUUUCUCUUUGCUUGACUUGCUAGAAAUAUAUUCCCUUACCUGUGAAAUUCCUGAGCGGUGCUCUGCCAACUUUUAGAGUGGGGUGGUUUAGAUGGCUGUGUUACGGCAUCCUGGAUUUGGAAUUGUUCAGUGUUGUGAGUGGCAAAUUUCUUAAACACCAGCAGCACUGAGAAGUGCACUAUGGGCAUUGGUACAGUUGUCCAAAUGCAAACAGUUCUUUCAUCAAAGAGAAGCUGAGUUACAGAGUUCAAUAGGAGUAUUUGCAGUAUUUCAAGAAAGGCAAAUGUUUCAACUUUUUUGCCUCUGAAGUGGGGUAGUAUAAGUCCCCUGCCUUAAGAGAAUGUACUUAUAUUUUCUCUUUUAAAGGGCCCAGGUGUUUGGUCAAAUUCACUAUGGAUUAAUUUAAAUCUUCACAUUGUGAUUUCUUUCAACCAAAUAGUAAGUGCCAACUCCAUGUGGCUAUCUAUACUUCUACUCACUUUACCAUUUGAGUAGGGAAGAGUCCAUUUAUUUUCAUUACCUGGCAUUAAAUUAACUAAUUCAUUGUUUUGCAUACAUUUUAUUUACUCUAUGGCCUAUAAAAUGUUUUUUUAACUAAUUCUAAUGGUCAGAAAGCAAAGCACAUGAUUUUAAAAUUGAGCAAAGUAUUUAGUAAUUUUUCAACUGAACACUUUUGAUAGUUUCUGUUAAUGCUAUUCCAAAAUGGAUUGUUUUAGGUUACUUUGAUUUUGUCUGAAGAAAAAGCCAAACACUAAAUCAAUUUGUUGUUGUGUUCCAAUAAACAGUUUGAAAUCUAACAUUUUCUUUUUUAAUUUAGAUGAUUUAAUGAAAUGCCACGUAAUUGUAGCUUACUAGUGUUUAGUGUUUAGUAGACUGAUUCUGUAGUGUUCUAAACAUUUAGCAUUGUCUGUCAUCCCUGGAGAAAGUGGUUCUAUUCUUAUUGAACACAUUCUCUCUGAAAAAAUCACCAGCUGCUUUAUUUUUCUAUUAAACAAUCGAUGAGUCUGAAUCUUGACCAAACUGCUCAGCUGAGAUGUAUUUCACAAUAGACACUGUACAAAAUGUGUGUGUAAAAGGACAGUUGGGUGGUAGUAUCUUUUCAUUAAUGUGAACAUUGACUAAACAAAGCAGUUCUGCCUUUUAUAUCUUGUGGCAGCUCAGAAGGGAGGUGCUUAAGAACCUUAACUACUGUCAGAUGACAAAAUACUUUUAUCCAUUUUGAAGAUUGGGUACUGCUCACAUAUGAUGUAUAGGGCUAAAUAUAUGCUUGUUUCCUUGCACUUGUGUACUUCUUUUCUCCCUCCCUUUCCUUCCCUGUAGGCAAUAAAUGGCCAUUUUGCAACUGCA